AGAAAUCAACAUGGCGUCCGUCAUAGGUUCUGAAGUGGAAAUACAGGAGGUGGAAGUUGAAUCCAUCCCUGUGGAGAUGCCAAUAGAGACAGUUGAGACAACAGAUGAGACAGUGGAAGUACAACCCAUGAUAGCUCUCCAACCGCUUCCAGACGCUCAAGAAGAGAUUAUUCUUCAAACUAGAGAGGAAGUUGUAGGUGAUCCCAACCUCGUGUAUGUUGGUGAUGUUGAUCACAUACCAGUCCCUGCACCUGAAAUAGAAAUAUCCACAGAGGAAACACCAACGUUUAGGAGAGGAAAAGGAGGGAAGAGAAAAGGGGCUAAAGGUCGCGGUCUUAUCCCUGCUGGUCUAGGCGCAGAACUAAACUUUGAUGUUCCAACGUCAACUAAAAAAUGGGAACAAAAGCAAGUUCAGAUAAAGACUCUGGAAGGAGAGUUUUCUGUGACAAUGUGGGCUUCUGGUGGUGAUGAUAAAACAAAGCUGGAAGAAGAUUCUGUUUCUGAAACAGAUGCUGACUUCACAGAAUACAUGACAGGCAAAAAGCUUCCCCCAGGUGGUAUACCAGGUCUGGAUCUAAGUGAUCCCAAACAGCUGGCAGAAUUUGCCAGUCUACAACCUAAAGACAUGCAGCUGUUACAACACUCGAGAAUAAAGACAAGAAAAGCUGUGGAUGAUGUACCAAGAACUGUACCAUGCCCACAUAAGGGCUGUAAUAAAAUGUUUCGGGACAAUUCAGCAAUGCGAAAACACCUACAUACCCAUGGUCCUAGAGUUCAUGUUUGUGCUGAAUGUGGAAAGGCAUUUGUAGAAAGCUCAAAAUUAAAACGGCAUCAGUUGGUCCAUACAGGGGAAAAGCCUUUUCAGUGUACGUUUGAAGGCUGUGGAAAGAGAUUUUCUUUGGAUUUCAAUUUAAGAACACAUGUCCGUAUCCACACUGGCGACCGACCCUAUGUGUGUCCAUUCGAUGGCUGCAACAAGAAAUUCGCACAAUCCACAAACUUAAAGUCUCACAUCUUGACACAUGCAAAAGCAAAGAAUCAGACAUACCAGUUGCCAACCACACAAGAAACAAUGCUUAUCGGAUACACAUUUGAGGAACAAUGAACUGUGACAUGUAUUACAGAAUUUUGGAAAUCAAUUCUGGACCCUGUGGAAUGUUAAAGGAAAGUGUCUUUCGUGAACAUAUUAACAGGUUUGAUUUGACUGGAUCUGUUUUACAUGGACUUGGGGAAGAUAUAUGUACUUGGUGAAGACUGGUUGGAACAAACAUGUCCUGUCACUUUGUCUGAGGUCUUAGAGAGUGAAAAGAUCAUUUUCCUCUUUCCAACUAUUCUAAUGGAUUUCCACAUCCUAGACCUUCGUCAUUGCCACAAAUCCUGCAAUAUUUAUAGUUGGACCUAUCGUUGCAGAAAAAAACAGUUUUCAGAAAAGAAAGGAAUUGACAAUUAUUUAUAAAAUAAGAAGAAACAAACUUUCUAUGAAAACUGAAAUAUACUUGUAUAUAUCUCUGAAUGUAAUUUCAUUUGCAUCAAAGAUUUAUGAGUCAAUUUUGUCAUAUUUUCAAGUUGCUGAUUCAGAAGGAUUGUAACAUCAUUGGAGAGAGAGUGUAUGAGUGAGAAAGGGAUGUGUGAUAGUGUCAUUUGUGCACAACAUUGAGUACAGAUUUUAAAAAGUGCAUUACUGGUAAUGUUGUGAACAUAGGGAUCUUGAAUAGUGCGAAAGAUAGCAAAUUUUAUUUAUUUUCAAGAAAACCUUGCUUUCCGUUUUAGCAAAUAAUUAUUUCAUGAGAACAAGUCUAUGAUUGUGAUAUUUUUAUUGGAAUUUCGUUAUUUUGUGUAAUAGGAUAUGCAACGAAUUAUAAAAUGCAAGAUGUGUACGCCUGUUCCAAUAUUUUACCAUACUGUAUGUCCUAGUGCUUAAAAUCAACUGUUAAAAUACUUACAACACUUGUACAGUGUGUUAUUACCCGAAACGUUAAUUGACAAAAAGCAUUCAGUUCUAUUUUAAUUUCAGUUUUGAAUUACUUUUAUAACAAAACAUUGAAAACAUUGACUGCAUAAAGCAAGUUGAUCUUUUAAGCAUUUAAAAUCAAAAUUAUGUGUACAAAAUUUUUUCUUGCACUGAUAUUUUUCCCCAUUUUUCAGAAUUCAUCAUAUGAAUAUAUUGUUGAAUUUUCUUACAGCUUCAAGAUCUUUUUGUUUUAUUUUCCUGAAUACAUAAAACAGAGACCGACACAGUUGUGCCAGACAUUAACUAAAGCUGGUAUAAUACCUUUCAUUCUCAAAUUUCAUUAUUUUGAAAAGCUAUGUGUUAAUUUAUUGAUAUUCAAACACCACAUCAAUUAAGAAUUCCAGGAGUAGGUAUGACAAUAAUCCUUUGCUAUUGUUAAAAUAUGAAAGUGGGAUGGAAAAUAUUGUUCUAUAUCUGAAUCUGCCAAAUUUAUGCAUGCAACAAACUCUUUGUAAAAAAAUUUCUUAAGAGUGAAAAACAAUAAUAAAGAAACUGAAAGUAAUUUAAUACUGUAGUUUUUUUUCCAGACAAAUUACAGUGUACAUCGAUAAUCAAAUGUGAAAUAGACAAUGAAUUGGGGAAGAUGUUUUGCGUGUUGGAAGAACUGAAAUUUUUUUCUUUGCAUUUAUAUUAAUAUCAAUUCGAUACAAGAUAAAGUAGAUACAGAUGGUUAAACAUUGGAUUCUUGAACCUUUCCCCUUGAAGAGCCAUAAAGGAAUCUUGUCAUACCUAAUUGUACUUGGUUUGACCCCUUUUCAGCUUUGUCUGACUCUUACAUAAAUACUUUGUCAUCGUAAGGCAUAACUUUGCCUUAUAUUGUAAGUCUGUAAAUAAAAACUUACAUACAAUCA